AUGACCGUCCACUCCGUGGAGGAUUUAGACUCCUUCAAGUACAGUGACCUGCAGAACUUGGCCAAGAGUCUGGGCCUCCGGGCUAACCUGAGGGCAGACAAGUUGUUAAAAGCCUUGAAAGCUCACCUUAAACAAGAAGCAAGGAAAGAAAAUGAGAAUCAGGAUGAAAGUCAAAUUUCUGCAUCCUCUUGUGAUGAGAGUGAGAUACAGAUUAGAAAUCAGGAACAAAGUGUGAGUAAGACAGUCAGAUGUUCCACCAAAACACAGAGAAGGCGCAAUACAGUUGGAGGGAACCCUGACUCACAGCAGGAUCAUUCUGAGUUGAAAAUAAGUGAUCCCACUGAAUUCCAGAAUCAGGAGCAGCAGGAAAACCAGGAUCUCAAAAUUGUUAGAGAACCUCCUUCUCCACCAGAUGAGAGCCAAGGAGAUGAGAAUACAGUUUCGAUGGAAAAAAGCAGUAAUGAAGAUUCAAAGAUACUUUCAAAAAGAAAGAAGUCUUUCCAUGAAGAUGGUUUUUCAAAAGUUGGAAAAAAUAAAAAAUCUGGAAGCUCCACUCCAAACUUUAAGAAGCUUCAUGAGGCUCAUUUUAAGGAAAUGGAAUCCAUUGAUCAAUAUAUUGAGAGAAAAAGGAAACAUUUUGAAGAGCACAGCAAUUCAUUUAAUGAGUUGAAGGAGCAGCUUGUUCACAAGGGAGUGGUCGUGACUCCAGUGGUGACUCCUGUUCCCCUUAGAAGAAGGCCCUCGGUGGCUUGCACUCCCCGCAGCCAGCGGCGCUCACAACGUCGGUCUCAAGGCACUGCAAGUCGGAGCAUCUUGUGUCCCAAGCGGUCAGCCAAGCCCUACGUACUGUCAGCAACAAAAAUGAAUGUCAGGUUUUCAGCUGCUACAAAAGAUAAUGAGCAUAAACGCUCACUGACCAAGACCCCAGCCAGAAAGUCUCCACAUACGACCAUAUCUGGGAAUACCCCAAAAGAGCCAGCUGUGCUCGGGACUCACAAAUUGAAGACUGCCAGAGCUGAUCCUGCUGCUGUUAUUACGCCCUUCAAGUUGACAGCAGAGGCAGUGCACACUCCCAUCUCCAAUAAGAAACCAGUAUUUGAUCUCAAAGCAAGCUUGUCUCGUCCCCUCACCUAUGAGCCACACAAAGGAAAGCUGAAACCAUGGGGGCAAUCUAAAGAAAAUAAUUCUCUGAAUGAACAUGUAAGCAGAGUGAGCUUCCAUAAGAAAACUUACAAACAACCUCAUCUCCAGACCAAGGAAGAGCAACGGAAGAAACGUGAGCAAGAACGAAAGGAGAAGAAAGCAAAGGUUUUGGGAGCUCGAAGAGGCCUUGUUAUAGUGGCAGAGUAG